ACUCCGACGGGAGGACAUUCAGGCCUUGGAGGAAAUGAGAGCUCGGCCCAGAGGAGGGCCUGGACUCAUGCAAAGACACAUGGAUGUGUGACAGGCGACCAAGGAGCAUGCACAUCAGUAUGUAUGGUGCACACAGACACACUGGGCACAGCCCACUGGCACCAAUGUCAACUCCUGCGUGGUGGCCUGCAUCCCACCCUUCAGGCAGGCCCCACGGGCAGAGCAGGGGGCCUGUGGUCAGGGCAGGUUCCGGGGAGGGAGGCUGAGUGGGGAGAGCCUGAGGAUGCAGCCACCAUGACUCCCUGGCACUGCGUCUCUGUGUCCAUGCAUCUAGGAGGCACUCCUCCAUCGAGCCCCAAGAAGACUGUCACACCUUGGUCUGAAGCAGGGGCCCGGCCUGAGCCCUGCCCCCUGCCCUGGAGCUCACAGAGGCCCUAGCUGGGGCGUAUCUGAUUUCCAGGGGCAGGCCAUGAUCAGGGAAGGAGGGAUGCUGGGAGAGCCAGGCAGGUUCUGAGCCUCAGGCUGGGGCUGGGCUUGGGGCAGCAAGGAAGGACCAGGUGCAAGGGCAGAGCCACGUGGCCAGACCCCCGCAGCACGCCAGUGCCCGCAUGUGGGCUCCCCCAGCUCCUGCCUGCCUCUGGUCAAUCUGGGCUUUGCCACUUCUGCCCAACACCCACCGCAAACCUGCCCAAGCCAAAAGAGGAAGUGGCCAUUAGGCACAACUGGGAAAGCUUGUUGGGGGGGGGGGGGUUCCAGGUGGGGCGAGGUGGGUGGCUGGGGGCUCCAGGCGGGGCAAGGUGGAUGGCUGGGGGCUCCAGGUGGGGUGAGGAAGGUGGCCGGGGGUGUUCCAGGUGGGGUGAGGUGUGUGGCCUGGGGGUCCAGGUGGGGUGA